AUGAAGAGGCGAGAGUUCAUUAAAUCUGAUUUGAACCCGCCCUACACACGACUGUGUAAAGAGGUUAUUAAACCCACCACCAAGCUAUUUGGGGAUGACCUCUCCAAGCACCUUAAGGAAGUGUCGGAAGCCAAAAGGGCUGGACAGCAAAUGCAAAAAACUGUGUUUUCUGCAAAGGUUAUGAAAAAUCGAGGCUACCGGUACAAACCAUACGAUAAACGACAACCAGUUUUGGCCAGACUUGGCAACCUGGAAACAACAGGCGUCUUUUUUAGGACACAGUCGGGCGACCAGCCAAACAACGAUGGGGCCGAGAAGGCAGAGCAACCACAACAACAAAUCCCAGUAACCCAAGAGGUAAUAUUUAACUAUUCAAACACUAACGAUUUCGCUAAUAUAUCAAUUAGUGUAUUACACAAAUCACGCAUGUACUUUCAUGCUGGUCAAGUGAGACACUUUAUAUAGAAUUGGGCCAUACUGACUAGUGACCCAUUCAUUUUAAAUGCUGUAAAGCAUUAUCACAUUCAAUUUGAGGGGGAUUUCGCUAUACAAACACAAAGGCGUAACCAAAUCAGAUUUUCUGCAGAGGAAACACAAAUAAUAGAUUCAGAUGAUAGAUGUCAAAAUGUGUUAUUGGACCUGCCUGUGUGACUCCAGAAAGUUUUGUAUCCACCACUUUCAUUAGGCUUAAAAAGAAUAGUUCACACAGGAUGAUACUGAACCUCAAACCAUUUAAUAAGUUUGUGGAUUACAACCAUUUUAAAAUGGAUAUAUUUCAAAUUGCCAUGAAACUUAUCCGACCUGGAUGUUUCAUGGCAUCAAAUGACCUUAAGAUGCCUACUAUUCUAAACCAGUUGGGGAUGAGGAUAGGAAAUUCCUUAUGCUCGAAUGGGAAGGAACCUUUUACCAAUUCACUUGUCUCCCUAAUGGGCUUUCCAGUGCCCCUAGGGUUUUUACAAAAAUCUUAAAGGCUGUGUACUCUCAUUUGAGAGGUUUAGGAGACACUUGUAUGGGUCACAUUGAUGAUUCCUUAUUACUAGGCUACGACCAUGAAGCUUGUAAAAACAAUAUUGUAGAUUCUGCAAAAUUGUUCCAACAAUUGCAGUUUGUCAAACACCCUGAGAAAUCAGUUUUGCAUCCAGCACAAGCUAUAGAAUUCCUUGGAUUUGAGAUGAAUAGCCUGCCUAUGACAGUGGAGGCUUAUACCUAG